UAAACUUAGUUACCAUUUUUUAUUCACAUCUUUAACUCUUUGUAAACAAAAGCUGAGUGCGCUCAAAAGUUUCAUAUUUGUCAAAGAUGGCCGAGACAACAGAAGAAAAAAAGGCAGAUGCAGAUUCAAAAAGAGUACAUACAUAUCCCUUGAUUCGACACUCUGACAUGAAUGAUGAGAUGAAAACAGAAGCCAUGGAAUUGUGUGUUACAGCCUGUGAAAAGUUUGCUUCAAAUAAUGAGAACGCUGCUAAAAUGAUAAAAGAUGCCAUGGACAAGAAAUUUGGUGCGUCAUGGCAUGUGGUUGUAGGGGAAGGUUAUGGCUUUGAAAUCACUCAUGAAGUGAAAAAUCUACUGUAUAUGUUUUUUGGUGGUAAUAUGGCAAUUAUACUCUGGAAAUGUUCAUGAUUUAAUAUGUUGGAUUGGUUGUGUUAAGUAAAAUAACAUCAUAUCUUUUGUUAAGGUAAUAAAAAUUUAAUCUGUGUUAUUAUAAAAGUAAUGCACUGGAUGGAUAUGUUAAUAAUUUUAAACUCCAUUGAAAUUAAUUAGACAUACCUAAUUAGUUUCGGGUUCCUAUUUUAUAAUGAGUAAUUGUUAAAUUUUAUUGUAUGUAAUGUUUCUGAAACAAAAGUGAGAUGUGUGAAUGUAUUUUACAAAUUGAUCAUUAUAACAAUGUUACACUUACAUUGACAGUUGUUUUUUUUUUAAUAUCUACACACAAGCCUGCUGAAAUUUAAGUUUAUUCUAGAUUUUUUAGAAGCACACUGGUGUUUGUUAAGCUAUACAUUCUCUGUUAACAUUUUAUUAUUAGCUCAGGCUCCUUGAAAAACUAAACAUUCCGUCCUAUUGAUGUUAUACAUCAAACAUGUAAAAAAAACAUACUUUUUAUGAAGUUACUGGUUUCAUUUUUUUUAACCUUGAAUAAAAUAAACUUUUACUAAUUUUAUUUGUUACUAGUGGUUUUCAGACAAUAUUUUUAUGCUACAGCAACUAUUAAAAUUUAUGGUUCUUUUA